GGCCUGUGAAAAAAAAGUAAACAUUGGCCGCUACAUGCAGUGGACACUUGUUGAUCAGUGUUGAUAGGGUUUCAGCGAUGGAUUUUGUGCGGCAGAUGUUCACUGAACUCUGAUUUGUAUAAAUACACGUGUGCCUUUCGCAGUGGUGAAAAUAAUGCACAUUAUCGAUCUGAAAUAUGGAGAUCAGAUUUAUCGUGUGUGUGCAAAAAGACCGCAGACGGUAGCGUGGGCAGUUUCACAUUUUCUCCAUCCGCAUUGGCAUUGUUAAUCUGUUAAUGCUGCACAGUGCACAUUACACGCAUUUCAAGUUGGCAGGCCGCACCAAGUUCAAUUGCUGACUGCUUUACGUUCAUUAUUCAACCCAGGCUACUUUUGAUUUUUGUGCUACCGAUAAUUCCUCAUUUUGGGUGUGUAGACUCCUUUAUCGCAAAGUUGAACAAAAUCUUCUGACAGCAAAAAUGAAACUAGAUAUCCGUUCGCCCGAUGCGUUGAUUGUACUGACACUACUGCUGACGUUACUUCGAGAUGCCUUUUCCGACGUUCCCUUCCCAAAGGACCAGCGAGAGAUCAAGUUUCCACCCGAUAUUCCCAAGCCUCGGCCAGGCUCCAGCGUACCGACCGGCCAUCUCAGACCAUUCGGGUUCCAGAGAAGACCAGAGGGUCGCGUUCAUGAAUACAACCACUUCCUGCAUCCCUUUGAGUUCUACGAAACUCACGUGAGUAAGCGGAAACCGGUGGUGUUUCGCCAGACCAUCACGGACUCACCGGCUAUGCAGAAAUGGAGCGACGAGUAUUUGAGGGAAAAUUAUGGGGACCUGGACGUUCUUGUGGAAGUCAAAAAGGAAAAUCGGGAAUUGCGGCCGAAGCGCAUGAAGUUUGCCGAAUUCUUGAAGCGCUACAUGACGGACAGCGUGUACAUUGUGUCUUUAAUCCCGCAAGAAAUGGCCCACGAAGUUAAAGUUCCGGAGAGCCUGUUGUGUGGGACGUUCAGACGGCGUCUCCUGGAGACCAAUCUCUGGAUGAGUAGUGGCGGGACAGCCUCUGUGAUCCACUAUGAUGCCGAUCAUAACAUCCACUGCCUGCUGGCCGGACGCAAGGACUUCAUCAUGAUCGAUCCCAAGUAUUCCAAGGAAUUGGAACUCACGGAGGAGCACCACAUGACAGGCUCAGGUUAUUCCAAGCUUGACGUGGACAUGAUCAAUCUCUUUGAGCACCGAGACGUAGGCAAGGUGCCAUGGAGAUGGAGCACGUUGAAGCCUGGUGACUGCAUCUAUAUCCCUGCAGGCCACUUGCACCAAGUCCGUUCCUACAGCCGCAGCCUCUCCGCAACAAUCCUGUUUGCCUCUGAGCCGACCUUCGACCAAUCAGACUGUGCAGAUGCGACCUUCGAAUACACUGACCUGACCCAGGUCAGGGUAAUGUGGACCUACAAGAAAGGCGAUAAGGUGAUAGAAAUUGGCUACAUGGACACGGAGAACAUCCGCAAUGACAUGAUCUCACUCCUGAAGGAAAAGGACAAGUUGUCGGCGCACUGGUUCGGCCAUUACUUCAAAGGAAUGAGCGCCAUGGAAGACGAAGAAGUGGCCACAGAAGACGAAGACAUCCCUAUAGAAGCAUAUGAGAUUUUUGCCACCUUCGACACAGAAAACAAGGGGUACCUGACCCGCAAGCAGAUCGAAGAGAUCGAUGUUGAAAAACUCAAGAACUUUGCCCGGGUCCUGGACCAGCCAAGCGGCCCGGUUGUCGUUGAGGUGGAGCAUGAUGAACUUUAACCUUUGACCUGACCUGUGACCUCAUCAGUCACAAAGUCAACAAAAGCAAUAUUUGAGUACUUAUAUUUUGCUGCCUUGAGAUAAUUUUAUUGGAAAACCAGCUCAGUACUUAUUAAAAACUGUCUAUAUCGAAUAUUUUCUGUUCAAGCUUCUUUGAAAAAAAUCUAGUAUAAGUUUUAAUUGAUUAAUUAGAUUAAUCGUUAGUGAGCUUCUAUUUGGCAUUUAUGAUGAGAUGGUCAUUAUUAAGCAAGCACACUUUAAAUUCUAUGACGACGUCCACGCCAGGAAGAACAGGCCCACGUACUCUGAAUGAAAUUGGAAGUAAUGGACACCAUUUGCAAAAACUGGUGUUUUUUUUGCCAAUUCAAGGAGCAACAUGAUAAUAAAUCUGAAGCAGGUCAUACAAAAACUGGCAACAUUUAAGCUCAUAGAUAUACUUUUUUUAGAAAACUUUGAAGAUGCAUCUUAAAUUUUUGUUGACGUAGUGCAUAGGUUUCCGUUGCGAGUGGGAUGGUUUGAUCCUUACCAUCACAUGGAAAUGAUGGUAGUUCCUCUUUUCUCGCAAAUGAUAUAGGUGCAACGACCUCACAUGAUGCUUGAUCCCAUUAUUUACUUACAUUUUUACAACCAAGUAUAGGAUAUUUAUGAUACUUUGACAGUACCUUUUUAUAAUGUUUGAAAACCGUGUCCAUUACAAUGCCAGUCCCUUAGUCUGCUUUCGUGAAUUGUGGCCAAUGAGCAAUUCUCAUCUCUGUGCACCAUGAAGAUUUAUUUAUUUAGUACAAAUCAAAAGUGCUUUCUUUGGUCUCAUCCGAUUUGUUCGUUAUAUUUUUACAAAGCUGUAUGUGAAUGAUGCUGAUUCUGUCCUCAUGUCAAAUGUUUUUAUGGUAAACGUGCUUCCGAUUUUUAGACUCUUUUUACAGAAAUGAUUUAUUUUAGACCUAUAUAUAGCCUUUAUAUCGUAGAGAAUUUAAGGUGGAGGUUGCAAUAAAGUAGAGUUCACGGGGGAAAAAUUACACUAAAUUCUGAUGUGUUUUCCAAGACACUGCAUAUGCUUUGAUUAAAAAAUAUUAUCAACAUUCCUAAAAAACAUUCUAGUUUUGUCAUGAUCAAGAAUAGGGAAGGACAGCACUAUUGUGUUGAGUGUUGACUACACAGCCAUACAGUAAACAAUGAUAAUCAUAGUUAAAAUAAUUUGAAGGGUACAUUUUUGCUGUUUUCGAGGUGAAAGUUGUAAAUAGCAUGGGGUUGAAAUCUCAAUAAGUCAAACAUCAGGGGAAUGGGCUCAAAUUUUGAGUUAAGCAGAGUUUUGAGUUAAUAAAUGGAUUUUCUUUUCAACAACAAGUGACGGGAAUAAGGUCUUACUUUGAGUGAGAAGGGUUUUUGAGUUAACAGGUUUUGACUUAUCGAGAUUUCACUGUUCCUGUAAAUUCCUUUGACACGCUGACGAAGAAAUAUGUUUGAAAUGAAAUAAUGAAUUGUUGCAGAAUUAAAGUGAUGUUCAUGAAUUUACAGAUUGCAAAAUCAUUAUAGUCUUUUUAGAAAAAUCGGCUGUAUGUCUUUGCUUGCCAACUAUUAACAAUUAAUCUUAUUACUAAUUGGGCAAAACUUACAACUAUGUCAGCAAAACAUUUGGCGAAGUUUUCGACUUGUCGAGAUUUAUCGAAGUUUUUGACUUAUCGAGAUUUCACUGUACCUGUAAAUUCCUUUGACACGCUGACGAAGAAAUAUGUUUGAAAUAAAAUAAUGAAUUGUUGCAGAAUUAAAGUGAUGUUCAUGAAUUUACAGAUUGCAAAAUCAUUUUAGUCUUUUGGAAUGAAAUCGGCUUUAUGUCUUUGCUUGCCAACUAGUAACAAUUAAUCUUACUGCUAAUUGGGCAAACCUUAUGUCAGCAAAACAUUUGACAAAGUUUUCGUGUACAAAAUAUAUUUUCCUUUUCUUAAA